AUGACCUUAAGCGUCUUCCGUCACGCUGACAACACACGCAUGACCUUAAGCGUCCUCCGUCACGCUAACAACACACGCAUGACCUUAAGCGUCCUCCGUCACGCUAACAACACACGCAUGACCUUAAGCAUCCUCCGUCACUCUAACAACACACGCAUGACCUUAAGCGUCCUCCGUCACGCUAACAACACACGCAUGACCUUAAGUGUCCUCCGUCACGCUAACAACACACGCAUGACCUUAAGCGUCCUCCGUCACGCUAACAACACACGCAUGACCUUAAGCGUCCUCCGUCACGCUAACAACACACGCAUGACCUUAAGCGUCCUCCGUCACGCUAACAACACACGCAUGACCUUAAGCGUCCUCCGUCACGCUAACAACACACGCAUAACCUUAAGCGUCCUCCGUCACGCUAACAACACACGCAUGACCUUAAGCGUCCUCCGUCACGCUAACAACACACGCAUGACCUUAAGCGUCCUCCGUCACGCUAACAACACACGCAUGACCUUAAGCGUCCUCCGUCACGCUAACAACACACGCAUGACCUUAAGCGUCCUCCGUCACGCUAACAACACACGCAUGACCUUAAGCGUCCUCCGUCACGCUAACACACGCAUGACCUUAAGCGUCCUCCGUCACGCUAACAACACACGCAUGACCUUAAGCGUCCUCCGUCACGCUAACAACACACGCAUGACCUUAAGCGUCCUCCGUCACGCUAACAACACACACAUGACCUUAAGCGUCCUCCGUCACGCUAACAACACACACAUGACCUUAAGCGUCCUCCGUCACGCUAACAACACACGCAUGACCUUAAGCGUCCUCCGUCACGCUAACAACACACGCAUAACCUUAAGCGUCCUCCGUCACGCUAACAACACACGCAUGACCUUAAGCGUCCUCCGUCACGCUAACAACACACGCAUGACCUUAAGCGUCCUCCGUCACGCUAACAACACACGCAUGACCUUAAGCGUCCUCCGUCACGCUAACAACACAUGCAUGACCUUAAGCGUCCUCCGUCACGCUAACAACACACGCAUGACCUUAAGCGUCCUCCGUCACGCUAACAACACACGCAUGACCUUAAGCGUCCUCCGUCACGCUAACAACACACGCAUGACCUUAAGCGUCCUCCGUCACGCUAACAACACACGCAUGACCUUAAGCAGCAGAUGUGGAGGCGUCCAUCAGCGAGCGCAGAGGGAGGCUGUGGGCGGGACCCGGAAGCCUCCAUCCCCGGGGAGAGCUGUGUCCAGUAGCCGCCUCUCGGAGCUCCUCAGUCGGCUGCAGAUCACGGAAGAGCCCGCUCCCCAGUGUCUGAGGAGAAUCAGGCAGAAGGAGCAGAAGGAGCAGAAGGAGCAGAAGGAGCAGAAGGAGCAGGAGGAGCAGGAGGAGCAGGAGGAGCAGAAGGAGCAGGAGGAGCAGAAGGAGCAGAAGGAGCAGGAGGAGCAGAAGGAGCAGAAGGAGCAGAAGGAGCAGAAGGAGCAGGAGGAGCAGAAGGAGCAGGAGGAGCAGAAGGAGCAGAAGGAGCAGGAGGAGCAGAAGGAGCAGGAGGAGCAGAAGGAGCAGAAGGAGCAGAAGGAGCAGAAGGAGCAGAAGGAGCAGAAGGAGCAGGAGGAGCAGAAGGAGCAGAAGGAGCAGAAGGAGCAGGAGGAGCAGAAGGAGCAGAAGGAGCAGAAGGAGCAGGAGGAGCAGAAGGAGCAGAAGGAGCAGAAGGAGCAGGAGGAGCAGAAGGAGCAGAAGGAGCAGGAGGAGCAGAAGGAGCAGGAGGAGCAGAAGGAGCAGAAGGAGCAGGAGGAGCAGAAGGAGCAGAAGGAGCAGAAGGAGCAGGAGGAGCAGGAGGAGCAGAAGGAGCAGAAGGAGCAGGAGGAGCAGGAGGAGCAGAAGGAGCAGGAGGAGCAGAAGGAGCAGAAGGAGCAGGAGGAGCAGAAGGAGCAGGAGGAGCAGAAGGAGCAGAAGGAGCAGAAGGAGCAGAAGGAGCAGGAGGAGCAGAAGGAGCAGAAGGAGCAGGAGGAGCAGAAGGAGCAGGAGGAGCAGAAGGAGCAGAAGGAGCAGAAGGAGCAGGAGGAGCAGGAGGAGCAGGAGGAGCAGAAGGAGCAGGAGGAGCAGGAGGAGUAUGGCCCACGUAAGCAACGGGACCCCGGCGGAGGAGGAGGUGCGUAG